CUCCCCAUUUGUAUCCCCUUCCCCAUAUCCCCGCCGCUACCACCAGAGCUCGCUCAACAAUGGGUCGUGUCAUUCGCGCUCAGCGUAAGGGUGCGGGGUCGGUCUUCAAGUCCCACACCCACCACCGCAAGGGCCCGGCCCGCUUCCGCAGCCUCGACUUCGGGGAGCGCAACGGCUACCUCAAGGGAGUGAUCACCGAGAUCGUGCACGACCCGGGUCGCGGAGCGCCACUCGCUCGCAUCACUUUCCGCCAUCCCUUCCGCUACAAGAAGCAGAACGAGCUUUUCGUCGCUGCCGAGGGUAUGUACACGGGCCAGUUCGUGUACUGCGGGAGAAAGGCCAAUCUCAUGGUCGGAAACGUCUUGCCUCUCAGAUCGAUUCCCGAAGGAGCGGUGGUAUGCAACGUUGAGCACCACGUUGGGGACCGUGGGGUCUUGGCUAGGUGCUCUGGGGAUUACGCUAUUGUUAUCAGCCACAACCCUGAUAACGACACCACCAGGGUUAAACUUCCAUCCGGUGCUAAGAAAAUUGUUCCAAGCGGAUGCCGAGCUAUGAUCGGGCAGGUUGCAGGUGGAGGGAGAACUGAGAAGCCCCUUCUUAAGGCUGGUAAUGCUUACCACAAGUUCAGAGUGAAGAGGAACUGCUGGCCUAAGGUUCGUGGUGUGGCUAUGAACCCAGUUGAGCAUCCUCACGGAGGAGGUAACCACCAGCAUAUUGGACAUGCAAGUACUGUCAGGCGUGAUGCACCUCCUGGUCAAAAGGUUGGUCUUAUUGCUGCAAGGAGGACCGGUCGGCUCAGAGGACAAGCUGCUGCUACUGCUUCUAAAGCUGAUAAGGCUUAAGAAAUUUAGUCGAGUAAUUACAUUUUACUUAAUUGGUGUUGUUUUCGAGAUAUUUGCUUAUUGCCUUCAUAGAUUAAUAUCCAAGACUAGCCGGUGAACUUUGUGUUGAAGGAAUUUUGUUUGGAUUAUCUUAAUGUUUUAUUUAUGACGUUUGGUUUUAUUCA